ACUAGUCUGUAUAAAAAUAUAAGAGUAUAUGAAAACCCACAACAAGUAGGACAACCAAUACAAGGAGGAAGAAAAUUUUGAUUGAGAUGUUAUCAAAUCCUAGUGGUUCAGAUGGUACUGAACAAAUACCCUUGUUAGGAGGAAACAGACAAGAAUGGUGGAAGAGAGUGUUGGAUGUGGAGGAGGCAAAGAAGCAAGUGUUGUUUGCUUUGCCGAUGAUUCUUACAAAUGUUUUCUACUACCUUAUACCAUUGGUUUCUGUCAUGUUUGCUGGUCACCUCAGUGAACUUGAGCUUGCUGGUGCCACUCUUGCCAAUUCAUGGGCCACUGUCACCGGUUUCGCUUUCAUGACAGGGUUAAGUGGAGCACUUGAAACACUUUGUGGUCAAGGAUUUGGUGCAAAACUGUACAAGAUGUUGGGGAUUCAUCUACAAGCAUCUUGCAUUGUAUCAUUUUUGUUCUCCAUUCUAGUUUCCGUCCUCUGGUUCUAUACAGAACCGAUAUUGAUCUUACUUCACCAAGACCCUGACAUUGCGAAAACGGCAGCUCUUUAUAUGAAGUAUCUUAUACCAGGUUUAUUUGCAUAUGGGUUCCUGCAAAACAUCUUGAGGUUUCUACAAACACAAUCAGUCGUUAUGCCUCUGGUUGUGCUUUCUGCAUUUCCAAUGGGCAUCCAUAUUGGCAUAGCUUAUUCUUUGGUUCAUUGGACUGCUCUUGGUUUCACGGGUGCUCCAUUGGCAGUUUCAAUUUCAUUGUGGCUGUCAUUCAUUGUCUUGGGAACCUAUGUGAUUUGUUCAAAGAAAUUUGAGCAUACAUGGGAUGGGUUUUCAUUCGAACCAUUCAGUUACAUAACCACAAACUUGAAACUAGCAUUGCCUUCUGCAGCAAUGGUGUGUUUGGAGUAUUGGGCUUUUGAGAUUCUGGUGUUCUUGGCUGGAUUGAUGCCAAAUUCAGAGAUAAAUACUUCAUUGGUUGCAAUUUGUGUGAACACAGAAGCGAUCGCCUAUAUGCUUACAUAUGGUCUCAGCGCUGCCGCAAGCACAAGGGUGUCAAAUGAGUUGGGAGCAGGAAAUCCUAGCAAAGCUAAGAGCACCAUGGCUGUGACUCUGAAUCUUUCUGUUUUCUUAGGCCUCACUGUUGUUUUGGCAUUAGCACUUGGUCAUAAUAUAUGGGCAGGUCUUUUCAGUGACAGCUCAGCUAUAGCAAUAGAGUUUGCUUCCAUGACACCUUUGUUAGCCAUCUCAAUUACUCUUGAUGCUGUACAAGGCGUUUUAUCAGGGGUGGCCAGAGGUUGUGGUUGGCAGCAUUUGGCUGUGUAUGCCAACUUGGCAACAUUCUACCUUAUUGGCAUGCCAAUUGCAAGCCUUCUUGGAUUUAAUUUGAAGCUCUAUGCUAAGGGGUUGUGGAUUGGCUUAAUCUCUGGACUCUUCUGCCAAACAAGCACUCUUGUUUUCAUUACUCUACGCGCAAGAUGGACAAAGGUGGAUCUUUCUCGCGAUAUAGAUAAAGAAAACAUGGCUUUGGAGUAAGCAGAGCUCUUGAGAGAGUGAUAUAUGCCAGCAAUAACUAUGUUUACCAACAUCAGACUUUCCAUUUUGUUUACUCAGUGUUAGACUGUCCAACCUUUUUUCCAAAUAAGAGAUCCUUUUUUAGUGUUC